UUUGUUUAUAUUAAAACUAAGUACUAUAAGCACAACUUAAACAUGAUUUUGAAACGAUAUAAUGUACGACCUGCUGCCUACCGUAUAUAUAACAAAUACCAUUCAAUGAGGGGUUUCAGGAGGCGCAGGACAAAAGCGUUUAAAUUGCAAAAAAUCUUAAAUCAUCUUUUGAGUAAGGAGGGCAAUUUGAUUAACAGGAUCCGAAUGAUGUCCAAGCAUAAAACCCGGGCCAUUUUGGCUGAAUCCAUAAAAUUGAUACAGCGACAAAAUCGUGAACUUCAAACAAAUUAUCUGCAAGUUGAAAAGAAUGAAAAAAGGCUGAAGAAACUUAUACGAAAAUUAAACAAACAUAAAAAACACAGCUUAUUUCUCAAAAAAAUGUUAAGCAACUUGAAAAUGCAAAUUAAUGAUCACGAUUGCAGUCAAACAACUAAAGUUAAUAUUGGAGAAAUGUUAAGGUCUCAACUAAAAGUAAUGAAAAAUCGAUCCAUAGGCAACAUAAAAGAAGCCCAAGAAUAUAUUAAUGUUGCAAGGAGUUUAUGGGCAAGCCAUUUACGAUAUAUGAGAAGAAGUAGGUCUUGGAGACGCAAACCAAAAUAUACUUUUAAUAAAUCCAUAUGGAUGUUCUUAAACUCACUAAAAUUUCAAAAGAAUGUCAAAACAACAAAGGAUACGGACGACAACAAAAACGUUUCGCAUCCAAAAGGACCCUACACGGUGACAAACAAAUUUAAAUUAUUCGCUUCGGGAGACGAUCUCAAUGUAAAGUCAAGUAAAAAACAUAUUCAUAGACGCAUUGUGCGGCCAAAACAAUUAAACCCAAUAAACUUAGAUUUUUUGAAAGAUCCAUAUGAAGAUUCUCAAAAAAGAAGCACUCAUAACUUACAGGCAUCGAGGCUAAAGGUUAAAGUUUAUCCACGAAAAAAGAUCGAAACACACAAUACAGCGGAUGAAGAAAUUUCCCCUGACACAGAUUUAAAACAACCAAAAAUAGCAUUUGGCGAAAAAAUAUUGAAUAAAGAAGAAAAACAGGAGGGAACCUGGAGGAGACCGCAUUAUAUCGACUCAAAAAUAAUUAUAGGUAGAGACCUAAAGAGGUCGAAAAAAAGAAAAGCCUCAGAAUUGAAAAAUAAAUUCGCGUUAAAGAAUACAUUUCCAAAUUUGAAAAUGCGUCUUGGAAAGCUUAGAAGAGUUCGAAAAAACAAUGCUGCGAUUGAAGACGAGUCCUUGGAAAAGGAUACAUUUGCAAAUUCGAAACAGCGACUUGGAAAAAUGCGACACAGAAGGGUCCGAAAAAACUCUUCAGCGAUUGAAGACGUAUCCUUGGAAAAAGAUACAUUUCCAACUAUGAAAAUGCGACUUGGAAAGCACAAAAAACUUCGAAAAGACUAUGCAGCGAUUGAAGACGAGAAAGAAAAGAAUACUUUUCCAAAUUUGGAAGCGCCGCAUGGAAAGUACAGAAGGGUCCGAAAAAACAAUGCAAAGAUUGAAGACGAGUUCUUGCAAAAGGAUACAUUUUCAAAUUUGGAAAAGCCGCAUGGAAAGCACAGAAGAGUCAGGAAAAACAAUGCAGCGAUUGAAGACGAGUUCUUGCAAAAGGAUACAUUUUCAAAUUUGGAAAAGUCGCAUGGAAAGCACAGAAGAGUCAGAAAAAACAAUGCAGCGAUUGAAGACAAGUUUUUGCAAAAGGAUACAUUUCCAAAUUUGGAAAAGCCGCAUGGAAAGCACAGAAGCGUCAGAAAAAACCAUACAGAAGAAGAAAACGGUUCAUUGCAAAAUGUUCAAUCAGAAGAAAGAGAGGAGAGUCAGGCAAAGAAUGAUCUUGAUAGGUCUUCAAAAUCUUCAACCAUUAAAAAAAUACAACAUUUCUCGACAUACGAAAAAUUGAAAUCUGCUUACCGAACGGAAAGUUUAAAACCAACGAGACAUAGUUCAGUUUUCAAUAAAAAAGAUAAAUCCGAAGAAAGCCUAGCCAAGCAGAAGUCUGUAUCAAAAUAUAUCGACAUAAAAACCAACUUGAAUUCAUCUCAUUUAUCUCAAACAAGCUUCUUUUCAGUAGGAAAACUGAAAGUGAAUUCCGGACUUUUGCCAAAAUCCUCUGUGAGAUCACUGGAUGACUCCCAACCACCCUUGUCAUCAAUGGCUACAACGAUUAUCAAUCUUUUGUUCGAAGAUAGGCCAAUAGCUUCGGAUAAACCAAGAACACAUCAAAAAACAUUAGACCUUACAAAAAUGUCAUUAAACACUUUUUUGGGAACGAUUUCUAGGAUGAAGCCCUCGGAUCAGUCAAAUGCGGUGUGGAACGAUUUGCAGGGGAAAUAUAGAGAGUGGUUUUCCAAUGUUAUAAUGCCCGAGGAUGCUCAGAAAUGCAAGAAAAUUCUCAAGUGGCGCUAUAUUCACAAUAUGCAAAAGGUCUUACACAAUCAUGUCAAGCAGUUUAAGAUCGAUUACGAUGGUGGGCGAUCAGAAACAGGUUCCAGAAAGUCCAUAAUGUCAAGUAGGGCAUUUCGAUCCAGUUACAUAGUACCAACCAGCAAUGGAUCACUAGGAGUUCCCAAAAAGGCAUCUAGCACAGACAUUUCCCCGAUCAGACGAAUGCACGACACCCUACUGCGAUUGCAAAUGGAUACGUUGAGGUCAAGGGCCUUUGACAAGAAUGUGGAGGAAAUGGAGCGCAUGAUCAUGGCUAGACAGGUACCCAUGAGUGCGGAAGAAAUGGAAAUCUAUAGGAAAUAUAAAUCUGAUCCACAGCACUACAACAUACUGAUACUAACGUCCGGCAAACCCAUUACGGAUGAGAAGUACGAGGAAAUGUUGCCGGUUCUGGAGAAAAAUUUUCAAUUUAUAAACGAACAAUUAAUGAUACUUUCCAGGGAAAAGCGGGUUCAGGAAAUGAAAUUCAGAAACGAAAUACAAAAAGCGGAAGAAGAAGUAGUGUCAAAAGUUUCCGCCGAAAGCUGCCAUAUGGAUCGCACAGAUUUAAAUGAAGCAUAUCUGGAGGCAAGGAGAAAAAUUUGGGCAGCCUACAUUGCCAAACAGGACAAGACUCCUACAGAGAUUCUGUUGGCCCAAGUCCGCUAUAAGAAACGAAUGGAUCAGCUAGCCAGAAAACGGGAGGAGCGCGAGCAGCGAAUCCUGCAGGAGCAGCUGCUUCACAAGAAGAGAAGACCACUUAGUGAUCUAUUUCGAGCUCCAAGGCGAACGAACCGCGAGCGACAAGCCAUCGAGGACAUCAAGGACAAGCUGGAGGGCAGGAAAUCUAAAUGCUCGCUAACAUCAUUUUGUUGCCGACAGUGCAGCAGGUGCGGCUUGAUCUGGUCAGAGAAAUGUUCCGAAGAAUCCAAUGAUACUUCAGCAGAACACAUCUGUCAAAAUGCAAAAGCAAGAUAGGUCUUAUGAUUUAAACAAAUUACUUGAGCAAGCCUUAUUUGGUGGUGGUACAGAAAUCUCCUUCCAUCAAAUUCUAACCAAAAGCUUAUAUGAAUUUGGUGGAAAGCGAUUUUUAUACCACCAAUGAAAAUUGAAAAUUUGAAUGUGUGAGGAAUGCAUAAUAAAUACA